CGCAAAACGUAAAUUGUGAACCAAUGCAUAUAUCGAUAAUCGAUUCCGGUACAGCUCUAAUAAUCGAUAAGCCGAAAAGCAAAAUGGCAGACGUAGAAAACGAAACCGAGAAGAAAAUCUUGUAAAUAAUCCGUAAAAAUUGCAUAUUUGUCGCAAAUAUUAUGCCAAUUGCGCGAAUCGCGAGUGCAUAAUAAAACGUAACGUGUAAUUUGUUUGCUGAGCCCAUUUCGGCCACCAGCAAGUGCUCGCGUGUGUGUCUGCGGCGGCAAAAGCAAAGCCCAGAGUAAUAUAGAGUAAUCCCAAUCAAAAUUCGCUCGAACGCGACAACCAAAACAGCCAAACAAAGCAACAAAUGUGGCGACAAUGCCAACCAGCGGGCACGGGCAUGAUUUAAAAAACAUUCUCAAAAUGUGCAAUUUGCAAAAACAAAUAAUAUUACUACAAUAAAAACGUAGGAAAAAAGGGAUGUUCGAGUAAAGUAAUAAUAAUAAUAAUAACAUUUUGGAUGUGAGAACAGCGCAGUGAUUUAAUAAUACGUUUUUUGAGAUCGCAAAAAGUGCGUGCGAAAAACAAAAAUAAUCAAAACGACGAAGGAGAGAGACAAGAACAACAAUAACACAAAAGCGCGGUGGGAGCGGCAGGCAGAAGAGCGCGCUGUUAUUGCUGUAGAGCAGUGCACGGCACAAGACUGCAAAGUGGCGGCGCUACUCGGGAUUAGUGCUGGUGCAGCGGCAGCGGCGGCGUCCAUGUUCCACGGGCGGCAGCAGCAGCAGCACAACAACAACAACCACCAAAACAAAAACAGCAGCAACAAUAACACAAAUUAUAAUCAGCAUAUUUAUAAUAUACACAACAACAACAAUUCAAAGACCAGAAGAUUGCAACAGCAGCAGCAACAACAACCGGCGGUUUGGUUGUGGUGUCGUCAAUUGUGGCCUUAAGCAUGUAGUCGCACUUGGCAGACAUUAAAAGCAAACGCGGGAGGUCUAAGUCUUAAGCACAAUUCGAGAGCCGAGACAGAAUUGAAACGGUUCAACGAAGACGCGAAACCAGAUCAACUACACAAAGUAAACAAAAGCACACAAAAACACAACACCAAUGAAAAAUGUCACAAAGAGGUAAACGCGGUAAUCAGCAGCAGCUGCAACCGCCGCAGCAGCCGCCGCAGCAGCAGCAGCGACAGGAUGUUGAACCGCAACCGCCGCCCACGAAGCGACGCAAAGGUCGUCCGCCCAACGGUGCCCCAACAGCUGCUGCAGCAACAACGGCAACAGCGGCGACAACUGCAGCCACCGCAACAGCAGCAGCAAAUGCAGCAUCAUCCUCAAGUACAGCAGGAACAGGAACUGCGUUGGAGCAACAUGAGCACAGUCCGCAGGCAAAGUCAGCAACAACGAAGCUGCCGGGCAAGGCUAAAUCGGCCAGCAAAUGUAAAUCGCAGGGCAACAACAGCAAUAGCAAUAACAACACCAACAACAGCAACAAUAGCGGCAGCAAUAGCACGUGGCAAGCACGCUCCGUGGCCGAUAUUAAAAUGUCGAGCAUCUACAAUCGCAGCUCAACAGAAGCGCCAGCUGAACUGUAUCGCAAGGAUCUCAUUAGCGCAAUGAAAUUGCCAGACUCAGAGCCAUUGGCCAACUACGAGUAUCUGAUUGUAACCGAUCAAUGGAAGCAGGAAUGGGAAAAGGGUGUCCAGGUGCCCGUCAAUCCCGAUUCGCUGCCCGAGCCGUGUGUUUAUGUGCUGUCAGAGCCAAUUGUGUCGCCAGCGCAUGACUUUAAACUUCCAAAAAAUCGUUUCCUGCGCAUCACCAAAGACGAACACUACUCGCCGGAUCUGCAUUGCUUGACGAAUGUGGUCGCCCUGGCGGAGAACACAUGUGCCUAUGACAUAGAUCCAAUCGAUGAGGCCUGGCUGCGUCUCUACAAUGGGGAUCGCGCUCAAUGCGGUGCAUUUCUCAUCAAUGAAACGCAAUUUGAGCGUGUCAUCGAGGAGCUAGAGGUGCGUUGUUGGGAGCAAAUUCAGGUCAUACUUAAGCAGGAGGAGGGAUUGGGCAUUGAGUUUGAUGAGAAUGUUAUAUGUGAUGUUUGUCGAUCGCCCGACUCUGAGGAGGCCAACGAAAUGGUAUUCUGUGAUAAUUGCAAUAUCUGCGUGCAUCAGGCUUGUUACGGCAUUACAGCGAUUCCAUCAGGUCAAUGGCUUUGUCGUACAUGCUCAAUGGGUAUUAAGCCGGAUUGUGUGCUGUGUCCGAACAAAGGCGGCGCUAUGAAGUCGAAUAAAUCGGGCAAACAUUGGGCGCAUGUAUCAUGCGCACUCUGGAUACCGGAAGUGAGCAUUGGCUGUGUUGAUCGCAUGGAGCCGAUUACAAAAAUCUCAAGCAUUCCCCAAAGUCGCUGGUCAUUGAUUUGUGUUCUGUGUCGGGAACGCGUGGGCAGCUGUAUACAGUGCUCGGUGAAGACCUGUAAGACUGCCUAUCAUGUGACCUGUGCCUUUCAGCAUGGGCUCGAGAUGCGUGCCAUCAUCGAGGAGGGCAAUGCCGAGGAUGGUGUCAAAUUGCGUUCCUAUUGCCAAAAGCAUAGCAUGAGCAAGGGCAAAAAAGAGGGUGCAAGUGCCAGCAGUCAUCAUCAUCAUCAUACAUCCGCCGCCAGUAGCAUGCAAAAGAAUAAUAAAUUUGCCAGCACUGGCGCCGCUGCUGGCGAUGGCAGCAAUACGCCCGGAGGUGGCAAAGGUGAGGAUCAUCGCAGACGCAAGAAUCAUCAUCGCAAAAACGACAUGACCUCCGAGGAGCGUAAUCAAGCGAGAGCGCAGCGCUUACAGGAGGUGGAGGCGGAGUUUGAUAAGCAUGUGAAUAUCAAUGACAUUAGCUGCCAUUUGUUUGACGUCGACGAGGAUGCGAUCGUGGCCAUUUACAACUAUUGGAAACUGAAGCGAAAGUCUCGACACAAUCGUGAACUCAUACCACCCAAGUCCGAGGAUGUGGAGAUGCUGGCACGCAAGCAAGAGCAACAGGAUCUCGAGAAUCAUAAACUGGUCGUGCAUUUGCGCCAGGAUCUGGAGCGUGUGCGUAAUCUGUGCUAUAUGGUCAGUAGACGUGAAAAGCUUUCGCGUUCGUUGUUCAAGCUGCGCGAACAAGUCUUCUACAAGCAGUUGGGUGUGCUCGAUGAGGCUGUGCAGCAGCAGCAGGCGGCAGAGAGCAGCGCCAGUGGCAGCGGCAGCGGCAGCGGUAAUAAGCAGCAACAGCUGCAACGUCCCGCAUUGGAUACGGAUGCCAUUAUUUAUGCGAAUGAUGGACCAACGCUAUAUGAUCGAUUCUAUAGCUCGACGGAUCAGCAUACUGUGCCGGCGCAGUACCAGAGCUUACAAUAUAUACUGGAGCAGCUGAUGGGCAAGGUGCAGGCACGUGGACGCGCCUCACAGUCGCCCACCAAACGCAAACAGGCGGCGAUCAAGAGUUCGCCCAAAAAGAAACUCAACAAUGGUGCAAUAACAACAACAACAACAACGACAAAUACAACUACGACAACGCCAUCAACGGCAACGGGAACGGCAACAGCAACAACACCAGUUGCAGCUGCUACAACAACGUCAGCCAAUACAAUGGCCAACAAGGCCAACAAGCCACGCGGCUCGCCAAGGGCGCCAGCAACGGCGUCCACGGCGAUGCCGUGUGCGGGGAGGCGUGCCUCAAAGAGCGGGACGACAACGGCGGCGACGUCGAGUCAUCAUAAACCACACAAAUCAAAUGCAACGGCUGGCGGAACGUCCGCCGUUACGUCAAGCGGCAGUUCAUCAUCGGGUGAUUCCAGCUCGGCGCAUGAUAGCAGCAGCAGUAGCGCCAGCAGCAGUUCUUCCUCCGAUUCCGGCAGUGCCAGCGGGUCGGCCAGCGACUCCGGCAGCGAUAGCAACAGCAACCGUAGCUACAACCACAAUAAGGGCAGUCAAGCAGCCACAACAGGCAGCGGCGGCAAGGUCAGAAAGCAAUCGUAUGCGAGAAGCGUUGAGCAGCGACAAAAGCAACGGCAACGGCGUCAAAGUGAAGCAGCUGCGGGUGCGUCUGCGGCGUCUGGCGAUGCCCGCACCAGCUGCAGUUCCUCCAGCGACGAAGACGAUGAACGGCGCGAGCGGAAUCGUGAACGGGAACGUGAACGGGAGAGGGAAAGGGAGCGAGAGCGUGGCAAGCAGCGCGUUAAUAAGUCAGCAGUACCUGCUAAAUCGCAAGCAUCUAAGUCAAAGCACAGCACAACAACCGCAACAGCAGCAGCAGCAACAUCAACUGGUGCGGCGGCUCGUCGAAAGCUUUCCAGCAAUGGAACAACUACAGCAGCAGCAGCAACAGCUGCAGCAGCGUCCACGACGACACGCGGCCUUGCUCAAAUGGACAAGGAAAUGCAACAGCAAGAUCCAGGCAGUUUGUCCAGCGAUGAAAGUGAGGAGUUGCUGCCGCUAAAGCCGGCCGAGAUGAGGCGCCACCUAACCACUGGCAACACAUCGUCGAGCACAGCAAACGCAGGGUCAACAAUGGCAACGGCAAAUGCAAAUCGCAAGCUGGGACAUCACAUCUAUUCCGAUUCGGAUAGCUCGUCGACGUCUGUCCACGAGCCCGAACCGGAGGAGGAGCAUGCGGCUGCCGAGAGUAAUGUGAGCGAUUCACAGAAUCAGCAAACGAUACGCACCAAGGCGGCCAUGAAAGAGUUUGUUCCAGGCACAACAGCUGCCACAUUGGCGACGGGCACUGCAACAGCGACAGCAACAACCACAACGACAACAACCAAAUCCAAAGGCAAUAACAAAGCGAAUAGCAGUAAGAGCAAUGCCACAACGUUUCCAGCGGUCGAUCUGCUGGUGGUGCCACAGCGACAGGCAGCCAAAAAGGCAUCCGAAAACAUGCGCAUAUCGACGAAUCUCGCGACAUCACUGCUGCCCGAUGCCUCCGAACGUUUGCGUGAUCCGGAGCAGAGCAGCAGUGCUAGCGCAAGUGCGGGUAAUAGCAGUGCCAAGAGUAAAACGAAAGACUCGAGCUACCGGAACACGGAGGUGGACAAAGCGCGACCAAAGGAGCUGCAGAAAUCGUCUGGCAAAACGGCUGGUGAAACAACAGCGGAGCGUGGUAAACGCGGACGACCGCCGAAGGUGCAAAAGGACAAGGAGAAGGAAAAGGAGAAGGAAAAGGAGAAGGAAAAGGAGAAGGAAAAGGAGAAGGAAAAGGAGAAGGAAAAGGAGAAGGAAAAAGAGAAAGAAAAAGAAAAGGAGAAAGACAAGGAGAAGGACAAGGAGAAGGAAAAGGAGAAAGACAAGGAGAAGGUUGCCAGCUCCAGUUCCAGCACAACAACAACAGCAACAUCUGCGCCUGCUCCCAAGAACAAUGAAGUGGCCAAGCUGCAAAACUUUGCCGUUUCCUAUGUGCCGCAGCGACAGGCAGCCAAGAAGGCAGCCGAGCAGCUGAAGAACAGCGGCGCAGCCUUGGCCAAGGUUGCCCAGGAGUCGAGCACAGCGAAUGAGCUAAGCGAAAAGGAUGUUGCGCCCUCAACAGCAACGACACCAGCCACACCCACAACAACAGCAACGCCAGCAACGGCGACAACUCCGUCAAGCAAAACGUCAGCAAGCAAACAGCAGACAACGACGACGCCUGUGCGACGAGCCUCCAACCUAAAGGAGCAGCCGCGUCGACGCUCCAAGGAGGAGGCGCCGACGCCUGUCAAGCGACGCAUUGCGGCUCCGAACUUGUCGAGCUCUAGUUCGGGUGACAGCGACAGCAGCAGCAAUUCCUCCAGCAGCAACAGCGACAGUUCUAGCAGUGGCAGUGGCAGCGGCACGGACUCGGACAGCGAUAGCGAUGCUGUAGAGAAGCGUAAGUCAACGCCAGCAACAGCUUCGUCAGUGGCAGCGCCAACGCCGGCAGCAGCAGCAGCAGCCACGCCCACAGCGACGUCCACGAUGGUAGCGACAACCUCAACCUCAACCUCAGCAGUGCCAAAGCGUUCACCGCGCAAAUCGCUGGACAAGCCGCCACCAGUGGCGCCUCUGGCUGGUCGCACGCGACAGAAUUCCACAACCAAAUCGCCAAAGAGAACACCGCAAAAACAGGCGCCGGAGACGUCGCCACAUGUGCCUGCCACACCCAAGUCAACGGCUUCGCAACGCCGCAAAUCCUCGCUGGACGAUGCCGCCAAGCAAACGACGCCAACAACAACAACGUCAUCAGCGCCAGAGACAACAAAGCGUGCCACACGGAAUUCCAAGUCGCGACCACCGUCGCCAACACCUCCGACACCAGUUGCCGCUGUCAAUGCCAAGGUCAGUCCUGAGAAACCAGCGACGGCGAUGGUGACGACAGCAUCGAGACGCAAGUCUCGGGCUGAAUCGCCGAAAAAGACGCCACCGAAUCUGGAGCAUGAGAUAGCGCAACGCAAGGCGGCGACGGGACGAACGACGAGUGCGCUGGACAAGCUGCUCGAUAAGAAGCAGCAGCAGUUGAACAAUGCCACGCCCACGCCGACACCAACGCCAACAUCGACGCCCACGCCGCCACCCAAGCUGCGUGCUCCAACUCCCAUUCAAGUGCCAGAGCUGCCAGCAGUCGAGGUGCCCGAAGUGCCAAACGAAAGGGAACGGGAACGAGAACGGGAACGAGAGCAGGAACAACAGCGAUUGUCAGCGGAAGCCGAGGCUGGUGAACAGCCCAUGGACAUUGACGAGGAGCUGACAACGGCACCGACUCACACCCAGCUAUCGGCGAGUGCCAGCAAAUUGGCCGAACUCUCGGCGGACAUCGAUGAGCGACCGCCGGCAGCGCCGUUGCCUGCCUCGCCCACACCCACGCCCUCCAACGAUGAGCUGUCCGAUGAUGCGGGUAGCGAUCACAGCGAUCGACGUCGCGGCAAUCGCUGGCGUUCACGACGCCGUCGACGACGCGCCACACGGGAUGAGGACGACGACGACGAGGAGGAGCAGCAUACGCAUCAUACGCAGCAUCUGUUGAACGAAAUGGAAAUGGUGCGUGAGCUGGAGGAAGAGCGCAAGAACGAGUUGCUGGCGAAUGCCAGCAAAUACUCGGCAUCCACAUCAUCGCCUGCGGUCACAGUGAUUCCUCCCGAGCCGCCAGAGAUCAUAGAGCUGGACUCGAAUUCCAAUUCAGGCGAACAGCAGCAGCAGCAGCAGCAACAGGCGCAGCAGCAACAACAGCAACAACAAUCGCAUCAACAGCAGUUGCAGCAGCAGCAACAACAACAGCAGCUGCCACCAACCACACCGUUGCAAGUGGCAGCGCCGCCUGCCGAACAAAUGCCAUUGCCUUGCAGCGCCUUGGAGCUGGAUGCAGGGCAUCAGCCAAUUGUGGACACCAUACUGGAGAUGGAGGAUAGCAAGUAUGGCAACAAUUUCACCUCGAAUCUGUCCAGUGUGGCAAGUGUGCUGAAUCCACCCAACUCGGGACCGCUUACCACACUCAUCGGUGGUGGCAGCAACAACAACAGCAGUAGCAAGCAAAUCUCCGAGGAGGACAGUGCACAGGCAACGCGUAAUCUGCUCGAGAAGCUGCGCAAAACGAAGCGCAAAGCGGCGCUGGAUGAGUGCAAGGAUUCGCUUGAUCUGCUGCCGCCAACACCUGCCAUUCCCUCAGUCUUUCCAUUCCAUAAUGCUGCCGAUCCUGAAGAUCUGAUACAUGCGCAAAAGGAGCUACAGCAACAACAGCAGCAGCAACAACAACAGCAGCAGCAACAGCAACAAAGUUGUCUCUUCAGCAGCUCAGCGCCUAACUCGGUGGCUAGCCAGAUGACCAUCAAGGACUCACCGAUGACGGCGAAUAGCGGCGGCAGCUAUGCCAACAGCUUGGCCAAUACGCCCACGCAUGCCACGCCCACCACAAAUGCAAGCAACAACAAUCUGGGCUACAGCAACGUCGUCAACUAUCAGGCAACGCAGGCAGCGCUCAGUUGCUACCUAGACAAGGCCUCACCACAUCAGCAACAACAGUUGCACCUCAAGCCUACGGCGAGCAAUGGCAACAAUCAAAGCUCGGCAGCAGCAGCUGCUGGGGCAGCAACAACGACGCCAACGCCCGACUUUGUGGACUUGGCAGCGGCAGCUGUGAAGAAUAGUCUGAGCGCCUAUGGAGCAGGAGCAGCAUCGGCAAUGCCCACGCAAACAUCGUCGACUGGCAAUCAGUUGACUGGCAGCGGCAACAACAACAAGCUGAGCGACUACGAUGAGAACACACGCAUGCAGUCGCCAUUUGGACGCAUGCAACGCUGGAAUGAGAAUGAUUUGAUAGCCGCACGACGCAGUUCAUCGCCUAGCUCGGUGUCCGAAUCAAAUGAUCAGCCGCCCAGCCAAUUGGCGCAGCAGCUAGACAAGAGUUUCUUCAAUAGCUAUGCGGCGGCAGCGGUGAGUGCAGCCAGCGGUGGCACAGCGGCAGCAGCGGUUGCUGCCGCAGCUGCAGCAGCGGCCGCUGGCGGUGUGAGUGCCAACAACAAUAACAACAACAACAGCGGCAGCAACAGCGCCUAUGGAAGUCACACACCGUUGGUGAACGGCAUCGAUGCCAUGUCCAUGUACAACAACACGCCUCAGCAGCAGCAACAGCAGCAACAGACGACGCCGACGCAUGCGCAGCGCACGCCGAACAGUCAAUACAAUGGCGGCAUCUAUCCACAGCUGGCGGCCAUGAUGCAACAGCAGCAGCAGGGUACGCCCACAGAGGCGGGCAACCAACAGGGAAUGUAUGGCAACAGCGGGACACCGCAGCAACCAACGACGCCGUAUGUGGGUACGCCGUAUACGACGCCCAACAUGACGCUGACCACAACACCGAAUCAUCAGUAUCAGCUGCAAUCGCCAGUCGAUGGCAACAUGCCGCCAUAUCCGGGCACGCUGCUCAGCAGCUGUGCCGAGCAGCAGAUGCCACCGAUGAUGCCACCCACGCCCCCCGUGCAGGCGGUGCCACUGGAGCCGGUCUCAGUGCCGGUGACGGUGCCGGUGAAUGUGCCAGUGCCAGUUGCAGUGCCGCUUCCUGUGUCCGUGCCAGUGUCAGUGCCUGUGCCUGUGUCCGUGGCUGUGCCCAAGGAUGGUGUCUCGCCCAGCAAGCGCAGCAGCUCCAAGCAGCAGAAGCAACAACAGCAGCAGCAGCAACAACAACAGCUGCAGCAGCAGCAACAGCAGCAGCACAAAUCACCACAACUGCCGCAGGGCAAAUCACCAGGCAAGUCACCGCGACAGCCAACGGCAUUGCAUCCGCCGCCGACACCAACACCACCGAUGCCCUCACCUGUUGCCAAUGCAGCGCCCGCCAAAUACGAUCCACUGACGCACACGCUGACGGGGAAACUGCGACAGCGUGCGCCGCGUGGAAGUGGCGCCGCAGCGGGAAGUCGGGGACGCGGACGUGGACGAGGUCGUGGCCGUGGUGGGGCGGCGAGCAAUGCCAUAUUGCCGUUGCCGCCACCGAUGGCGGAUUACGGCAGCAACACGCACAUUGUCAACAAUCUAGUGGGCACGCCUUUCGAGUUCAACAACUACGAUGAUGAGUUGGCCGGUCCUGGUGUGGAGAAUCUGCAAUCGUUGCGCGAUCGUCGGCGCAGCUUCGAGCUUCGUGCCACGCCCAACUCCGCAGGUGCAGGUGGACCGCCCACUACAAGCUAUGCCAGUUGCAAGCUGCGUGGCCAAAACAAGUCGCAAGCAACAGCAGCUAGCAAUCCGCUGAUGCAUGAGAUUGUGCAGCCCGUGUUGCCGGGUCCCGUCGAUAUGCGCACCUAUAAUCUGGGCUUUGAGGCGCCGCACAGCACUGCCUCCCAGGAAGCAUAUCAGAACAAUCUGUUGGGUGCCUUUGACUCUGGAACAGCGGAUCAGACGCUUAGCGAAUUCGAUGAGGAGGAUGAGCGACAGUUUCAGUCGGCAUUGCGGGCCACGGGAACGGGCAGCAGCAGCAACAACACCAGCAGCAACACCAACAACAACAGUGGCAACAGCAGCAACACGUCGCCCAAUAAGCUGCCGACAACAGCGGCAACAACAGUUGCAGCAGCAGUCGCGGCCACAGAAGCCGGAGUGGGAGUGGGAGCAGUGUCUGGAGUUGGAGCAGUCGGUGCACAGCCAGCGGCGAGCAGCUUGCUCAACAGCGCAUUGCACUCGACGGAGGCGAAUCAAUCGGCGCCAAGCGUAGCGAGCAACACGCUCGUCUCUGAGCUGGUGCCCACGAUGGAGGCCUCGAUGGAGGCCACCUCAGAGGAGGUGUCCAUAGACUCGGACACAACGACGCUGACGACGAAGGCUUCGUUGUCGGAUGCACGCAAUCAACUCAAGCUGAAGAUCAAGGGACCACUCGCAUAUCCGGAUCUGCACUACAGCACGGUGACGAACAGCAGCAUGUCCAGCAGUUCAUUGGUGCAGGCGAAUGCAGUGCAGACAACGGUGACCGCACAGCUCACGGCAACGGUGGCCAGCACCUCGUCCUCGUCGAUGACUGUGAGCGGCAAUUCGAGGCGUAUGCGCAAGAAGGAGCUGCUCAGCUUGUACGUGGUGCAGAAGGAUACGCUGAAUGAUGACAGCUCUUGUGGUUUACCAGCUGCAUCCGAUAGUUUGCCCCUGGAGAAUAUGCGCAAGUCGGAUGCCAGCGAACUGGACGAUGAGCAGUUGACGGGCGGUAGUUCGAAGCGCUUCAAGAAGAACUCGAGCAGUCGCGAGCUGCGUGCCUUGGAUGCCAAUGCGGGUCUGGAGGAGCAACUGUUGCCGGCGGGUGCUGGCGGUGGUGGCAACGAUGGACGGCGACGCAGCGCCUGCAGUUCGGGCAGCACGGACAAUGGCAAGACAGGUGCAGCGAGCAGUGCGGGUAAGCGACGGGGCCGCAGCAAAACGCUGGAGAGCAGCGAAGAUGAUCAUCAGGCGCCCAAGCUGAAGAUCAAGAUAAGAGGACUGCCGGCGGCGAGCGGAGAAACUAAUGCCGGUGUUGGCCUCAAUUCGGAGAGCAGCAAGUACAGCAGCUACGAGAUGACGCGACGAGCGUGUCCGCCGAAGAAACGUUUGACCAGCAACUAUAGCACACCAACGCUGGAGGAGAUCAAGCGUGACUCGAUGAACUAUCGCAAGAAGGUCAUGCAGGAUUUCGACAAGGGUGAGGAUAACAACAAGCGUGAGUUGGCCGGCGACAAUGAGACGUUGCUGGUUAAGCCGAAGAAGGAUAAGAAGGACAAGCCGAAGAAGGACAAGAAGGAGAAGAAGCGUCACAAGCAGCAGCAACAGCUCAUCCUCAACAGCAACAGCAGCACCACGAACACAACAACGAUGACCACAACGCUGAUUGAGAACACAGCCAGCGAUUCACCGGGUGAGAAGCCAAAGCUGAUACUGCGCAUCAAUAAGCGCAAGACAGAGACAACGACCACCACAAUGAUGACCAUCAGCAGCAGUGGCGCAGCGCAGGAACAGCCGCAAAUGGAGGCGCCGUUGCGCUUAAAGAUCGCUCGAGUCUCGGCCGGUGGCGUCUAUGCGAUUGGUGCCAAGUCCGAGACAAGCAAAGAACCAACUCCAACCUCAGUGACAACAACAGCAUCGCCGGCAACAGCGUCGGAAUUGCCGCUGCUUCCAUUAGUAGGUGCAUCGCCGUCGUCGGGCAUGAUGAUGCCGAACAGCUUCACGCCGCACUCGCAGAAUGCGAACGCAUCGCCGGCGCUGCUGGGGAAGGAUACGAGCACACCGUCGCCUCCCUGCCUUGUGAUUGAUUCCAGCAAGAGUGCGGAUGUGCAUGAUUCGACGUCGUUGCCGGAGAGCGGGGCAAGUGCAUCGGUUGGCAGUGGACUCGUUGGGGUCGGUGGUGGAGUUGUUGGCGUUGGGCCUACGACGCCGUUGUGCGUGAAUGUGGGUAACUAUGAUAAUAGCAACAAUUCACUGCCAUCGGCCAGCGGAUCGGGAUCAAGCAAUUCGUGCAACAGCAACUCGAACAACAAUAACAGCAGCAACAGCAACAACAAUAAUAACAACAACAAUAACAGCAACAGCGGCAGCGGCAACGGAACAACAGGCGGUUUACUUCCAUUGAAAAAAGACUGUGAGGUUAGAUGAUAAUCAUAUGUAAAGCAAGCAAGCGAUCGAGCGAGCGACCAAUCGAUAAUUAUCGAUCGAUCGAUUACUUCCAAACAGCAACAAGUGUCCUAAGUUACCCCCUAAACACAAAGCAACAAAAACACACCACCACACUCUCUUUCAGCACCACCUUAACCUCGACCUCGACCUCAACCUCAACCUCGAACUCAACUUCCGCAUCCCUCAUCUUUCUCUUUUAAAUGUUUGUACAGCACACUCGAACAGUUCCCUAUACCUAUAAUACUAUCUUGUACAGUUAGUUUGUAAGUCCUACCAUCUACCACAAUCCUGCAAUCACUUCCCUUCUUUAAGUACUAUCUAUCUCUCUAUACAUAUAUAUACAUAACUCUCGUCCCGUGUUUGUAAGGUUUGUUUUACACAGCUACACCGAGAUAUUAUUUCAAACGUAUUUAUAUAAAUGAUAAAAUGAUAACGAUAAAAAUGCCCUACAACACACUGCAGAAUAUAACCUACAAACAAAACAAAUUACUAAUUGCAUAAUUGUACAUUUUAAUUAAAGCGAAUUUUAUAUAUAUACCUAUAUAUGCAUAUACAUAUAUAUAUAUAUGAGAAUAUAUUUAAACUAGUUUAGAAUAUGUAAAAUACUGUAUUAAAGUUAUAUUUUCGCAUUAUGUUUACGUUUAGCCUAAAUAUCAGAAACGAAACGAAACAAAACCAUAAAUAUAAUGCUCGGUUAUAGAACGGAUCAUGAUGUCGGGUCGGGAUUAUGAGACGUUAGCCUGCUAGUUAACCCACUUCCAUAAAAAUACCUACUCAUAUAUAAAGAAAAGCAAGUAAAAUCGUAAACAAAAAAUCUAUAUAAACAUAUAUUAUAUAUAUAAAUACACAUAUAUAUAUAAAAAUAUAUAUAUAUAUUUUAAUUAUUUAUUAAUACCUAUUUAAAAAUGACACAACAAUGAGAAAUGUAUAAAAUAAUCAUAAAACACAACAUUAGCAAAAGAAUUUGUUAAAAAAAUGAGAUGAGAAAAAAAAAACACAAAAAAAAAAGAAGAGAAAACUUAAGCGCAGUUGUAGCCUUUAGUCAUUAAUUGUAGUUCUUAGCGAAAAUCAAAGUCGGCUGCCCCGGAUAACGAUGGUAGGAGGAUGGAUGGGGCACUUGCCGCAACUAAGUGCAUAUAUAAAAAGCAACCAGCAACAUAUACCUAGACCUAAACCACAAACAAAUCGAAACAAAACCAACAACAACAACAAAUUUGAAGUGUUUGUAUUUUUAGGGUAUAAGUCAAAUUGUGUCGAGAAACUCCAAAAGUUACAGCAACAAAUUAGUUUUCCGUUUUUAAAUUCUUAUUUUUUUAUAUAGUUAAUUUCAUUCUGUUUUUCGUUUUUUCUUUAAUUUUUUUUGUAGCAUCGCAGUUUAGCAAUAGCAAAAAGAAAUAUAAGUAAAACAACAACAAAGACGCCUUUUGUCUAGGCCAAGUCAAAAAACACACACAAUAUAAAUAUUUGUGUAUAUGUUUAUAUAUGGUUAGGCAUAUGUUCGAUCUGAUCGAGCAUUCCAACUCGAGGAUUCUCUUUUAUUAUAUAAAAAAACAAAAAAAACAAUGUAAUGUAAUUCUUUUCAAAACAGUAUCGAUCACAAAGAACUUGAUUAUGUUUAACUAUAUAUAAAUAUAUAUCCAUGUAUUGUAUAUACAAAUUUUAAUUUAACGCAAAGUUACACGACAAACUAUUAUGCAUAACAGGAAAAAAAAACGAAACAAAAAAAAGAAAAAAAAACAACAAAGUAAUCUACACCUACAAAAAUAUUUAUUCCAACAUAUUCAGAAAUUGUAAUCUUAGAUCUAUUGAAAUGGUAAAUUGGAAAAUUUACGAUGAUAAUUGUGUAAUUGUAAAUAAUUGUGUGUAUGCGAGAAAAUGUUUUUUAUUAUUACGUUCGUUCUAAUCUAAUUAUUAAUUAAUUCUGAUUAUUAAUUUUAAAUUGUAGUUUUAGCAAAAAUUUAAAUAAAAACAAAAAGCCUUAUUUAAAAAAAAAAAAACAAA